CAGCUCCAUCUUGUAGCUCUUGAUUGAUAGGCAAACGCUUCCGCUGGGAAAAUCUUUCUCCUAUAUUGUAUUUGAAGGCUGUCUAUAGACCUCUUUCCCGGCCCCGAAACCGUCCUGUUUUCCCACUCGGUCAUUAGGCCUCUUCCGUUCGAUAUAUCCACUCCGCCCUAAGGAAACCGUCUCCCAAUCUCCUCUGCCCCCUCCCCCUCAAGUAAUCUUUCCCUAAAGAUACCCAAGUCGAGACACAAUCAGAUGGUCAAUUUCCCCAAUGCCCUCCAACCACCACCCUCAGGUAUAACAUUGCCUGACCGAUUUGUACCGCUGACGCAACCGACGGGAGGCAGCGGUGGUAAUACCGCGGCAUCCGUUCCCGCAGCCCCGGCGCGGACGACGGGAGCCAAUGACACCUCGGCCUCCGGAACCCCAUCAUCGGCAGUCUCAGCGGCGGACAACAACAACAGUAGCAGUGCUUCGAGCCUUUCAGCCACCAGUCCGGACGUCUCCGCCAUCAACGUCGCCCUGCCGGCCUCCAACAACACCCUGCUCGUCGACCCCAACUCCUCGGUCUCCCAGGAUCCCGCAGCUACCAACGUCGGCCAGCACGUCUUGAAUAACCAGGGCGAGGUCGACGGCUCGGCUAUCGGACUCGGCAAAACCGAGCAGAACCCAAACGCUCUCAUCGAUGCGGACAAUCAGGGACUCAGUCCGGGUGCUAAAGCCGGCGCGAUCGCUGGAACACUCGUGACUUUCUUCAUCCUGGUUGCGAUCGCGUUUGUGGCCCGAAAGCUGCACCGGUCGAAGGCCCACCAACGCCAAGUCGAGCGCCACAGCACGAUCAUCGAGCGCCAACGGAGCUCCUCGUUGACCGACCACCAUUCCGACUGCAUCAUCCAUCCUCACGCCCAUUAAUCCUUCCUUCUUCUUUUCUUUCACAGUUUGUAUGUACAUGCUUACAAGAAAAAUCAUUCACCAAAGCAUGACUCGCGGCCCGUUUUUUUUUUUGGUACGACCGGGUCUUGGACUUUUGCAGCUGCUUAUAAUUACAACUUGCAGUCAGACCCCCGCUCUGUGGAUUCUUGGGUGGACGUGGCUCCGAUUGCGCGAUUCGAACGGUGUAAUAUAUAACGUAUAUGUAGAUAGAUCUCUCUUUUCUUUUUCUCAUCCUCUUCAACUUGUUCUUAUUCAUCCUACACUCAUACAUACUUACUUACCUUGCAUUCCACAAGUUUCACAGC